UCCAAUCACUGAUACCGUGAUAUUCCCCCCACUAGUUCUCUUUUUUAUGAUUGCUUGAUUAACCUCCGGCAUCAGUGUCAUCCAGCAAUCUUACACAUUAUGUUUAUGUAUAUAUGGGUCCGGUUUUGCCAAUGCAUCUUUAAAUAUCUCAAUGCUAUCCUCAAAGUGGCGUUCGGCUACUCGCUUUUCAGCGGCAAGGUCGAAGAAGCCAAAUCGUGUCGCGAAGACUACGCUUACAGUGUUCACCGUUGCAAUAUCUUGACUAAAGGCAAGAUGAUCGAGACCGAACCUGCUUCCAGACAUCACUUCCUACUCACACAUGACAGCUACGACCAUCCGAAUGUGCUCAAGGCCGACAAUGUGGCCCUUCUCUCCGUGACCGAAACACAUGCCCUUUUUGUGGAAGGUCCACCGGGUUUCAACUUUUACGGAUCCGAACAAUCCCCUUUUACGUUCAUCGUUCACUUCAAGUAUGCUCAAAAGGUCCUAGCUAUUCGGUUGGACCACUUUCUCAAGUUUGCUCAGGAGCUCGGACCUCCCAAGGAUAAGAAUAUUAUAUUCAUCUGCACCACUGGGCGAUGCGGAUCCACCCUAUUGACUCAAAUGAUGGACGGCAUUCCGAAUACGUUGUCCAUGUCAGAGCCAGACUUCAUCACACUUCUGGCCAAUGGGAAAAAGCCAAGUCCCAAGAGUUUGGUCAGGAGCAGAUCUGACAGUGACGAACUGCUGAGAGCGUUGAUUUAUGUCCAAUGCAAGGACCUGACUAAAACCAAAGUUGACAACUAUGUGGUUAAACUUCGUCCUUCCAUCGUGGCUAUUGCUCAUCGGAUUGCUCGAGUUUGCCCUGAGAUUAAGCAUAUCUUUGCUUAUCGCUCACCAGAGAAGACCGUGGCUUCAUUCAUCAACACAGUGAAGCUUUUUCCAACGUGGGUGUUUCGCCUGGUCUUCAAGAAGUACGUCUGGAAAGUGUAUGAAAGCAUCAAGCCGGAUGAUCCAGAAUUAGACAAGUUCUUCGUCAAGAUGAUUGAGAACUCGAUGCAAAAGUACGACCACGUCCGAUGUUGGACGGAAAUUGUCUUGACCUUCUAUCUUUUCUGCAAAACUUACCAAGAGAAAAAGCUCGUCGAUUUCCAACCUGUGGCUUACGAAGAACUCUUGGCGCAACCAGAGAUGGAGAUUAUGAAGAUCUUGAGACAUUGUUCCAUUCAAACGACUUGUAUGAAUGAUCUUUUACUUCCGCUCCAAAAUGACUCGCAAAAGGGUAGCCCUUUGAGUAGAGAUAAUGUGCGUAAAGUGAAAGCUCCAGAUUUCACCGACGCUCAGAUAUUAACGAUUGAGAGGACCUUGGCUCACUUUGGAUUCCCUCAAUUAACCGAAUUUCGACACUUUUUUGAACCUGUGUAGUUGUUGAUAGUCUCUCUGUAUUCUAAAUAUUGAUCCACAUCUCUUGAAAACACCAUCAGUAUCACGUUGACCAUU